AAAAAAUGACUCAACAAAAGUCUACAUAUUGUGAACAUGGAAUAUUUUUGUAUUUCUAUCAGCGUGGAAAUCUGAGUAAGAUUUUUAAACUGCCAUCUGAGGGUUAAAUGAGAAAUGAGCUCUGUCGUAAAAAGGUUCAACACUCAGCGUCUCUCUGCUCUUCCUGGAAUCAAACUCUGCCUGAUAACCCUCCUCCUCUUCCUGAUCUAAAAACACAGUAGCUCAUAUUUCCACACCUUUCCUGGUUCCUCCCCUUCAGAUCUUCACUCUGGAAGAAGCGGACAGGAACUGUUCACUGCAGGAACACAUGAUUUGUAGAUCAGAGCUUAGAUGAGUUUCAGGUACGAGGAAGUAAAAAAACACAAACAGUCUGUGUGACCGAGAGGAGAAAUGGCGCAGCAAAGAAAUCAGUCGGAUUCAAAGAAAUUCUCUUGUUCCAUCUGUCUGGAUCUACUGAAGGAUCCGGUCACUACUUCCUGUGGACACAAUUACUGCAUGGACUGUAUUAAAACACACUGGGAUGGAGAGGAUGGUAAGAGAAUCUACAGCUGCCCUCAGUGCGGGAAGAUUUUCACACCGAGGCCUGUCCUGGAGAAAAACGUCCUGUUCGCAGAGUUAGUGGAGGAUCUGAAGAAGACUGGACUCCAAGCUGCAGCUGAUGAUCACUGCUAUGCUGGACCUGAAGAUGUGGAUGAACACAAAGGCCAUGAAACAGUCCCAGCAGCAGCAGAAAGGAAGAAGAAGCCGAAGGAGCUGGAGGUGAGUCGACUGAACAUCCAGCAGAGAAUCCAGGACAGGCAGAGAGAUGUGAAGUUGCUUCAACAGGAGCUGGAGAACAUCAAUGUCUCUGCUCAUAAAACAGUGGAUGACAGUGAGAAGAUGUUCAUCCAGAUGAUCCAUCUCAUCCAGAAAAGAGGCCGAGAUGUGGAGCAGCAGAUCAGAUCCCAGCAGGAGACUGAAGUGAGUCGAAUCAAAGAGCUUCAGGAGAAGCUGGAGCAGGAGAUCAGAGAUCUGAAGAGGAAAGACGCUGAGCUGAAGCAGCUCUCAGAUACACCAGAUCACAACCACUUUCUCCUCAACUACCCCUCAGUGUCAGCACUCAGUGAGUCCACACACUCAUCCAGCUUUAACAUCCGUCCUCUGAGACACUUUGAGAACGUGACAGCAGCUGUGAAAGAGCUCAGAGAUCUACUACAGGACAUUCUGAGGGACACGUGGACAAACAUUUCACUGGCAAUCGCUGGAAGGGAUGUUUCACUGUCAGGACCACAACCAGAACCAAAACCAGAAGCAGAGCCAGAACCAGAACCAGAACCAAAGACCAGAGUUGAAUUCUUAAAGUAUUCAACAGAAAUCACUCUGGAUCCAAAUACAGCACACAGACGGCUGUUAUUAUGUGAGGACAACAGAAAAGCAAUAGCAUCUUCACUCCAACGGUCUCCUCCUGAUCAUCUAGACAGAUUCACUGAUUAUCAUCAGGUCCUUAGUCAAGAGAGUCUCACUGGACGCUGUUACUGGGAGAUGGAGUGCAGCUAUGGAGAAGUUAGUGUAGCGGUCGCAUACAAGAACAUCUGCAGAACAGGGAAGUCAAAUGAAUGUGUAUUUGGAAGAAAUAACAAAUCUUGGUCUUUAAGUUACGACAUCAGCAGUUACAUAUUUUGGUACGACAACACUGGAACUCCCGUUCCUGGUGAUCAGGCCUCCAGAAUCGGAGUCUAUCUGGAUCACAGAGCAGGUAUUCUGUCUUUCUACAGUGUGUCUAAAACCAUGACUCUCCUCCACAGAGUCCAGACCACAUUCACUGAGCCCAUACAUGCUGGAGUUGGGUUUUGCAGUGAUUUCAAAGGUGCAGAGUUCCUCAAACUCAGAUAGAGUAACUCCAGGGUCUGAGGGUCGGUUCAAGUUCAGUCCUGAUUUAAGUUCAUAACCUACAGUUUACUUCUGUAGUUGCAGCAUUAAUUAGUCACAUGAUGACAGAACUGAGUGAUUCUUAAA